AUGCCUGCUCAUAGUGACGAUCCCCGAUCCACCUUAAUGUACCACAUCCAGGAUGCGCCCACUGUACCAGUCGCGUUGGCAAUCACGGCUGUGCUGGUCUAUGCAAUAUAUCGAGCCACCAUGGUCACCGACAUCCCCCCUAUUAUAGGCCUGCCUGAAAUCCCGGGUGCGGUGCCUCUCUUUGGCCAUCUGCUCAAGCUGGGAGACGACCACGCCAGUACCUGCGAGAAAUGGUGGCGCCAGUACGGACACUCAGUCUUUCAGAUCCGACUGGGCAACACUCGGGCGGUCGUAGUGAAUUCCUUUGAGGACUGCCGGAACAUGCUGCUCGGACGCCAGAAUGCACUAAUCGACCGACCCACGCUGUACACCUUCCACGGCCUCAUCAGCAGCACGCAGGGAUACACCAUCGGGUCAUCACCCUGGAACGACUCGUGCCGGAGGAAACGCAAGGCUGCAGGCACGGCUCUGGGACGGCCAGCGAUUCGCAAUUACCAUCCAAUGUUCGAUCUGGAGAGCUACUGCAUCAUCCGGGACCUGCAUCGUGACAGCCAGGACGGCGCCAUCGAGGUGGACGUUCGUCCGUAUCUCCAGCGGUACGCGCUGAACACGACUCUGACUCUCUGCUACGGCAUCCGCAUGGACGCGGUGUACGAUGAGCUCCUACGCGAGAUUCUGCACGUGGGAUCGGCCAUCUCGUUGCUACGCAGCACGUCAGAGAACCUGCAAGACUACGUGCCGCUCCUGCGGUAUGUGCCCCACAACGAAAAGAAAAUGCGCUCGAAAGAGCUACGCGAGCGUCGCGACGUGUAUCUUAACCUGCUUCUCGACAAGGUGCGUGACAUGAUCCGGAAGGGGACCGACAAGCCAUGCAUCUCGGCAGCGAUUCUCAAGGAUGAGGAGACAAAGCUGACGGGGGUGGAGGUCUCCUCAGUCUGUAUAUCGCUGGUUUCAGGCGGGUUUGAGACAGUCCCCGCCACGUUGACUUCGGCAAUUGGGUCGCUGUCGACGGCGGAGGGACAGGUGUGGCAGGAUCGCGCCUACGAGGAUAUCAGACGGUACUAUCCAGACAUGAAAGACGCGUGGACGGGCUGUUUUCAGGACGAGAAAGUCCCCUAUGUAAAUGCGAUCGUCAAGGAAGCGGGCCGGUUCUACACCGUCAGCUCUAUGAAUCUGCCGCGGAAGACCAUGACGGAGGUGAACUGGGACAGCGCGGUGAUCCCCCCGGGGACAAUGGUCCUGAUCAAUGCACAAGCCGGCAACCACGGUAAACCCCCCAUUUUAAUUCUACGUUGUGAUGAUUCUGACCCUGUAGAUGUCGACCAUUUCGGGCCCAAUGCGGCAACCUUCGACCCUGAACGAUGGCUGAAAAGCGUCGAUCCCCCCGCUGAGAAGGAAGCCGCAGGUUUAGCCCACCUGAGUUUUGGGGCGGGCUCUCGUGCAUGCUCGGGACAGUUCAUUGCAUCGCGACUGCUGUACACGGCGCUCGCGCGACUCAUCUUGUCCUACAAGAUUGUAGCCAGCGAGACGGAGCCUCCGAACACAGACUAUGUGGAGUACAACCAGCUCAAGCCAGCACUGGUGGCGCUUCCGCGGGAGUUCAAGGUGCGGUUGAUUCCGAGGGAAGGGACGAUGACGAAUGAGUGUCUGCGACUGGCGGAGAUGCGAACAAGGGAGCAUUAUCGGGAGUAG